CCACUCUUAGUAAAGGCUCCAGGAAGCCACUUCCCUACUGGGCAGUGUCCUGAGGCUGGGAAGCUUAUUAGCGCUCAGAGCACCGGGAAAAGGAGAGAGGGGAUGCUCAGAGCCAACUGGGGUCAUCCUUCUUUGAACCUCCACGUGGUGUUUGCUCAGAGCAAUUGCUGUCAGAGUCCCAGACUCCUGGAGUAUAAAACAGAAUGUCUGUUCUCUGUGCCCAGAACUGAGCAGAGCGCAUCGUGGUAAGCAUGGCUGCAGUCAUCACUUGGGCCCUGGCCCUCCUCUCAGUGUUUGUAGCUUCUCAGGCACGGAAGGAUUUCUUGGACCACUUCAGACAGAGCAGCGGGGACAAAGACAUGAUGGGCCAGCAGCAGAAGGUGGCACGGGAGAGCACGAAAAAUAGCUUAGAGCAAGACCUCUACAAUAUGAACAACUUCCUAGGAAAGCUGAGCCCCUCAGGUGGGCCGGGGAAGGAGCCUCACCCACCGGCACAGGAUCCAGAAGGCAUGAGGAAGCAGCUUCAGCAGGAGCUGGGGGAGGUGAGAGCUCGCCUGGGACCCUACAUGGCUGCGAAGCACCAGCAGGUAGGCUGGAACUUGGAGGGCUUGAGGCAGCAGCUGAAGCCCUACACGGUGGAGCUGAUGGAGCAGGUGGGCCUGAGUGUGCAGGAGCUGCAAGAACAGUUGCGUCUGGUGGGAGAAGACACCAAGGCCCAGCUGCUGGGGGGCGUGGACGAGGCGCUGAGCCUACUGCAGAAAAUGCAAAGUCGGGUGCUGCAUCACACAGACCGGGUCAAAAAACUCUUCCACCCUUAUGCCGAGCGCUUGGUGACCGGCAUUGGGCACCAUGUGCAGGAGCUGCACCGCAGUGUCGCUCCUCACGCGGCUGCCAGCCCCGCUCGACUCAGCCGCUGUGUGCAGAGCCUGUCCCACAAACUCACACUCAAGGCAAAAGACCUGCACACCAGUAUCCAGCGCAACCUGGACCAGCUGCGCGAGGGGCUCAGUGCCUUUGUCCGCACCAGCGCAGAUGGGGCCGAGGCUGGAGCCUCCCCGGACCCCCAGGCACUCUCUGAGGAGGUCCGCCAGAGACUCCAGGCUUUUCGACAUGACACCUUCCUACAGAUCGCUGCAUUCACUCAGGCCAUUGACCAGGAGACAGAGGAAGUUCAGCAGCAGCUAGCACCACCCCCACCUGGCCACAGCGCCUUCGCUCCUGAGUUGGAACACCCGGACACGGACAAGGCCCUGAACAGACUGCAGAGCCGACUGGAUGACCUGUGGGAAGAUAUUAGUUAUAGCCUUCACGACCAAGGCCAUAGCCAGCUGGGAGAGCCCUGAGGAUCUCCUGGCUCAGGUUCAUUCCCCAGCUCUCUGUCUGGGGAUCCUUAGAUCCUGAGCCUCUAGCAUGGUCUAUUGGUCAGAGGGUGGAGGGUUCUACACAGCAUAGGUGAGGCUACCAAAUGGUGCUGCCCAAACCUAUCCAGCCUUCUCAGCUCCCCCACUCAGGUGCAUUACACUCACCAGGUUUCGCAAACCCAGCUUCUGGUGCUCAUUUGGGAAGCCACACGAGUUGCAACAUUUGGGGUGAAGGGCGAGGAAGAUUUUGUGUGUGUGUGUGUGUGUGUGUGUGUGUGCACAUGGGAGCCUGUCUGCAAGCUGGUACAUGACAGUGCUGGAAGCCUGUGCCACUAUAACCUGGAGUUUGGCUCCUAUUACUUCUGGCUGCCUGACGGGCACUGUUAGAGCUGGCCCACAGAGAGGAGCUCUUGUCUUCCCAGGGCUGCCAUGAGAGCUUCUGUUGGAAGAGAUCAGGAGGAGAAAGUGAUAGAGAGAGCAUAUUAUGGUGUGUGCAGAUCCCACUAGAAGUGCUGCCGGUGGAUCAGUGAUGCAACGGGGCAGAGCCCCUAUUUCCUUAUGUAACUCCGCACCCAUAAAGGGACUGAGCCCUCCACACAGCCAAUACUUCUAAAAUCCCCUAGGGAGCAUGCUGUAUGCCCCCUCCCAUCUUCCAUCUCCACAUCCUGACUCUCGGGGUGAAACUGACAUCUUUUGUUGAAAUGAAAUAGAUGCUUGUGAUGGAGGAA